UGUCCUGUUUCUCUGUGUGCGGCUCCGGCAGUUACUGGAUAAGAGAAGACUGGAAGCAUGUCCGAGUUUUGGUUAAUUUCUGCCCCUGGCGAUAAGGAAAACUUACAAGCGCUGGAGAGAUUGAACACGGUGACUUCCAAGUCCAACCUGUCGUACAACACCAAGUUCGCCAUCCCUGACUUCAAGGUGGGGACCUUGGAUUCCCUCGUCAGCCUCUCGGAUGAGUUGGGGAAACUGGAUACCUUUGCCGAAAGCCUCAUAAAGAGAAUGGCCCAGAGCGUGGUGGAGGUCAUGGAGGACGCCAAGGGCAAGGUCCAGGAGAACCUCCUGGCCAACGGAGGUUUGAAGGAAAAGAUGAAAUGUUUAAAGCUUGACUUAACGUCCUUUGUGACCCACUUUGAAUGGGACAUGGCCAAGUACCCCGCGAAGCAGCCACUGCCCAGCGUGGUGGACACCCUGGCAAAGCAACUGGCGCAGAUCGAGACAGACCUGAAGGGCCGCACGGCCGCCUACAGCACCCUCAAGGCCACGCUGGACAGCCUGAACCAGAAGGCCAAGGCAAACCUCUUCACGCGGACACUGAGCGACAUCGUGAACAAAGACGACUUUGUGCUGGAUUCCGAGUAUCUGGUCACCCUCCUGGUCAUCGUCCCCACACAAAACUACAUACAAUGGCAGAAGACCUACGAAUCCCUCUCGGACAUGGUGGUCCCUCGGUCAACCAAGCUGAUCUUUGAGGACAAGGAGGGCGGCCUCUUCACCGUGACCCUGUUUCGAAAAGUGAUUGACGAUUUCAAAGCCAGAGCCAAAGAGAACAAGUUCACGGUCCGAGAAUUUUACUAUGAUGAGAAAGAGAUCACACGGGAACGGGAAGAGAUGACCAGGUUGCUGUCGGCUAAGAAGCAACAAUAUCAAACUUCCUGUGUUGCUCUUAAAAAGGGAUCCUCCACCUUCCCGGACCACAAGGUUAAGGUAACCCCGCUAGGUAACCCCGAUAGGCCCGCUGCGGGGCACAGCGACAGAGAGAGAGAGAGUGAGGGCGAGAGUGAGGGCCCCCUGCUGCGCUGGCUCAAGGUGAACUUCAGCGAGGCCUUCAUCGCCUGGGUGCACAUCAAGGCGCUGAGAGUGUUCGUGGAGUCCGUGCUCAGGUACGGGCUCCCGGUGAAUUUUCAGGCUGUGCUCCUCCAGCCUCAGAAGAAGUCGUCCAUCAAGCGUUUGCGAGAGGUUCUGAACUCCGUCUUCAAACACCUGGACGAAGUGGCAGCUGCCAGCAUGUUGGAUGCAGCUAUGGAUAUCCCUGGGUUGCAACUCAAUAACCAAGACUACUUUCCUUACGUCUACUUCCGCAUCGACCUCAGUCUUCUCGACUAGCACGCCGCGUGGGCGCCGCUCAGCUCCUGCCGUGCGGACGACAUGACGGACGCUCCUUUCCCUCCGCAAAAGUCCGUCUCCUGCAGGACUUAGAUUUUCAGAGAAAUGGCUCACAGAAGCUGCUCACCGCUGUAUUUAUUUUUUGUAAGUUACAAUAAAGAAGUGCUUAGUCCUUCCAAUGGGCUCUUCCCUUACAUCCUAACAUAA